UUCAUCGUCCCCCCGCCUACCCAAAUUUCCACGCAAUCUACAGAAAGUUGGAUAUUCUUGUGCUGCCUCUUUUCCCAUGCUGGGGAAAAGCUCAAUCUCAACAUUAUGUCUACUGCCAAGACAGAUUUCAACCUAGCGAAUCUACCCGACGUGAAAUAUGGCAAUACGUCCUACAAUGGCGUACCAAUCAUCUACGUCGUCAAAGCCUCCAAGACGUCAUACAUCAAUUAUAUGAAAGUCCUGAUGCUCGCCGAGGAACUGAAUCUCAGCUACGAGGUAUCAAUCGUAUCCACUAAGGACGAAUGGUACCACGCCGUCCAUCCUGAGCGAUAUGUUCCUGCGAUCAAAGAUCGUGAUGCGAAGACGCUUGAAUACUUUUUCGUAUUCGAAAGCACGGCUUGCUUACAAUACCUCGUUGACGCAUACGACAAAACGGGUACGUGGUCUGGCCGGACACAGAAGGAAAAGGCUUUGGUGACGGCCUGGUUAGCAUAUCAGACUGCAGGAAUAGGACUGUAUGAGAAUUGUGUCAAGCAAUGGGGUAUACUUGAGAAACGACUAGCAGAGCCUGGUCAGGGGUUCAUUGCUCUCAAAGAACGUCCGACUGUUGCUGACAUCGCGUAUUAUCCGUUUGCGAUGUCGUACAUGUUCGAAUUUCUCGGCGUCAACAUUGCUGACUGGCCAAACAUCAUGAAUUGGGCGCAGAAAAUGGAGGCUCGGCCUGGAAUUCAGAAGGUGCUGCAAUGGGCGCCUACUAUUGGAAGCUAA